GUUGUCGUCGCUCGUGACGGGGAAGGGAAGGGAAGUUGACGGAGUUGGUGAGGAAAGCAGGCGAGCCGGCGGGCGGCGACCCACCUAAUCCCAACCCCUUGUCGGGCCCCACAUGACGCCACCACCCGAAGAAGAGCUUCCCCCUCGCCAAAUCCCCCUCUCCUCCGCCCGCGGUCUGCUCCGACCUAACACAAGCUUCUAGAAGCCCCGCCCUCGGUAACGUCGCCGAUUGAUUCGGUGCUGGUGCCCUUUUGCUUGUCCCAGCCUCGGCCAUUUCUCCGUCCCCGGCGGGUGACCCAAGGGCUGCUCAUGGUCGUGGCCCUCCUCCGCUGGCAUGCCGACGGCCACCGCGGAUCAUACACGAUCAUAUGAUUGCAAUGAAUUGUGAGCAAGUACUGCCUUGGAAAGAAGUAAGCCCAAAUUCCGACGUUGAUCGUGAGACACUAGUCUGCUCACUAUCUUGCAACUCGAAAGGAGAGAGCAAAGUGAUUUGCUGUCUCCUGGUGAUUGUUGUCCGUGAGGCCCAGUGAUGGCAGAUGCUAGUUCAAGGACUGACACCUCAACUGUUCUAGACAACGACGACAAGAAUCAGAGGAUGGAGAACGGGCAAAGUAAAGCAAUCAUGCCUUCUAAUUCUUCGGACAGGUCUGACAGGUCCGACAAACCUUUGGACCAAAAGGCACUGCGACGGCUCGCCCAAAAUCGUGAGGCAGCAAGAAAAAGUCGGCUGAGGAAAAAGGCAUAUGUGCAACAGCUAGAGAGCAGCAAGCUGAAACUUGCACAACUAGAGCAGGAGCUCCAGAAAGCUCGCCAGCAGGGAAUCUUCAUUUCCAACUCUGGAGACCAAACCCAUGCCAUGAGUGGAAAUGGAGCAUUGACUUUUGACAUAGAAUAUGCUAGAUGGCUAGAGGAGCAAAAUAAGCAGAUAAAUGAGUUGAGGACUGCAGUGAAUGCUCAUGCAAGUGACAGUGAUCUGCGACUUAUCAUAGAUGGCAUAAUGGCACAUUAUGAUGAAAUAUUCAAGGUCAAAGGUGUUGCUGCGAAGGCUGAUGUGUUUCAUAUACUUUCAGGCAUGUGGAAGACACCUGCUGAAAGGUGCUUCCUGUGGCUUGGGGGUUUUCGCCCAUCUGAGCUUUUAAAGCUCCUAGCAAAUCACAUCGAGCCCCUAACAGAGCAGCAGUCGCUGGGAUUAACCAACCUCCAGGAGUCUUCCCAGCAGGCAGAGGAUGCAUUGUCACAGGGAAUGGAAGCAUUGCAGCAAUCUUUGGCAGAGACUUUGGCUGGAUCUCUUGGUCCAUCGGGUUCUUCCGGGAAUGUGGCAAACUACAUGGGUCAGAUGGCUAUGGCCAUGGGCAAACUUGGAACACUUGAGAAUUUUCUUCGUCAGGCUGACAACCUGCGACAGCAGACAUUGCAUCAAAUGCAACGAAUUCUAACAAUCCGACAGGCAUCUCGUGCUCUUCUUGCCAUACAUGAUUACUUUUCACGGUUGCGUGCUUUAAGUUCUCUGUGGCUUGCUAGGCCACGGGAAUAACCAAGGAUCAUCACUAUGCCAAUUGUUUCCUGGUUUGGGGAACGUUAUGGCGUGCUCAUCACAGCGAUGCGUUGCAGAUCAUCGGUGAUUUGAUUUUUCCUUGUACAAUUAUUUUUAGCUGCUGCUCGGUCCAAAUUGUACUUAAGUGGUGUACAAGUAGGUUAAUCCUGUAAGUUAUGGUGAUUGUAUGGCUGUAUUAGCAAUAAUAAUUAGAGGGAUCAGGAUCAGUGCUAUGUUGUUUGUACUAGUUAGAAAUGUAGUCCUAAAUGUGACUCCUCUAACAUUGGGGUAAAAUGGGGAGAGAGUAAUAAGAAUAUUCCAUUGGCAA